AAGGGCAAAAAAAUCAGGCAGCUGAAAAUACGCUGGGACACAAAAAAAGAAAAAUGAAAAAGUAGAAGAAGAAAUGAAAGAGAGGAACAGAGAGCAAAAGGGGUCUUCUCUCAAGCCAAACGACUCAAACCUCUCUCUCCCCCCGAUAUAAUAAUCUUUUUUGCAUUUAAUUUUUAGAGGAGAAGAAAAGACCUUCUGAAAAGAGGAACUGGGAAGAGAGAUGGGUUCGAAGAAGACAGACAUUACAUCAGCACCGCCAAUACUUCGAAGAGAUCCAUAUGAAGUAUUGUCGGUAUCAAGGGAUUCUACCGAUCAGGAGAUUAAAACUGCUUAUAGAAAACUUGCUCUCAAAUAUCAUCCAGAUAAAAAUGCCAGUAAUCCUGAAGCUUCGGAACUUUUCAAGGAGGUUGCAUAUUCCUACAGUAUACUCUCUGACCCUGAGAAGAGAAGGCAAUAUGACAGUGCAGGGUUUGAGGCUUUGGAUGUUGAAAGCAUGGACAUGGAAAUUGAUUUGUCUAAUCUGGGAACUGUCAAUACAGUGUUUGCUGCAUUAUUCAGCAAGCUUGGUGUCCCUAUCAAGACUACAAUUUCUGCAAAUGUUCUUGAAGAAGCUCUUAAUGGAACUGUCACAGUCAGACCCCUCCCUGUCGGCACAUCAGUUAGUGGGAAGGUGGAAAAGCAAUGUGCCCACUUCUUUGGUGUAACCAUAAAUGAGCAACAAGCUGAGGCAGGGAUUGUUGUGAGAGUAACUUCAACAACACAAAGCAAAUUUAAGUUGCUUUAUUUUGAACAAGAUGCCAAUGGUGGCUAUGGUUUGGCCUUACAGGAAGAUAGUGAGAAUUCUGGCAAGGAAGAUAGUGAGAAAUCUGGCAAGGUGACCUCUGCAGGGAUGUAUUUCUUACAUUUUCAAGUGUACAGAAUGGAUUCAACUGUGAAUGCGUUAGCAAUAGCCAAGGAUCCUGAUGCUGCUUUCUUUAAAAGGUUGGAAGGUCUUCAACCUUGUGAAGUUUCUGAACUGAAAGCUGGGACUCAUAUAUUCGCAGUUUACGGAGAUAAUUUUUUCAAGACUGCUACCUACACAAUCGAGGCACUUUGUGCAAAGACUUACGAGGAUACAACAGAGAAGCUCAAGGAUAUUGAGGCCCAAAUUCUUAGAAAAAGAAAUGAGCUACGCCAAUUUGAAACAGAGUACAGAAAGGCUUUGGCUCGUUUCCAAGAAGUAACCAACAGAUACAGCCAGGAAAAGCAAUCGGUUGAUGAGCUGCUGAAACAGCGGGAUAGUAUACAUGCCUCAUUCACUGUAACUAAGAUGGUGAGCUACUUAAGUAAUGGAAGUACAAGCAAAGUUAUCGGUGACGAUUCAAAAGCUGAGAGUCCAGUGGAAGAUGGAGGCUCUGAUGGAAAGGAUAAAUCCUCCAAAAAGAAAUGGUUCAACUUGAACCUUAAAGGAUCUGAGAAGAAGUAGACGUAUUUUGAUGAUUUUGUAUUGCUUGGAGGGAUUUGACUGGAUAUCCAUCAUUGGGUGAAGUACUUGGGCCGCCCACUUAGCAUGCAUAGACUUGUCUUGUAUUAUUAUUUGUUUGAUUUUUUAUUUUCUCUUUUAGGGUUUUACCGAGGUGGCCUUUUCCGAGAUGGUUCUGCAACUGUCAAAUUCUGAAUGUAUCUGUAUGUAUAAUCUUAGUUCAUAUUUUCAUAAAACUGCACCCGUCUUCUUAGUUCAUGUAGAACCUGAACAUUGGUUGUAAUGCUUACAAGUGAAAUAAAACAUUCUUUUGUUUCUUCUUUA